AUGUCUUCGUUCCUAGGAAAGAAGUCUCUGGCGUUGACGCCAGAGUCUGUUCAGGAUCCGAUCAAUGACUCGAACCCCAUCCGGGUAGCAUUCUUGGGAGGCAGCAGAUCGGGAAAAACAUCCACCAUCUCCAAGCUAACGUUGGGCAACUUUCGAGACACUUACUAUCCUACCCACCAAAUCACGCCCACUUUGCACAACUUCACCACCGACGACGCCAAGGCUCGACUCGUGCUCGACGAGCUGGACGUGGUCAACUCGUUGGGCUGGUUGACCCAGCAGAACCGCAUCGUGUUGAGUCCCGUCAUCUACAAAUCGUUCGCCAGAACAACCAAGACAGUACCCGACAACAAUGCCCCCAUCGCAGACAUCGUCGAAACGGGCCGGAACCCAUACUUCUUGUCAUACUUGCAUCGCCACGAAAUCGAGCAGAAAACCCACGUCCCGCCCCAUGCCACUCCGGUGUUGGUGGAGUUGAUUGACACUCCCAAUUUCAACCCCAACCAGGUUGUCCCGUUCCUCGAGGCUUCACUCUACGUCAAGCUUGGCAAGGAAAUCUUGAGAAACUUGGCCAAUGAGCCCAGGCAGCCCGUGUCCACCAACCCUCUCUUGGUGGCAAGUGGCGCCAGUGAAAUGAACGGGAAUGUAGACGGCUACUUCUUCGUUUACAGCGCCAUACCGUCCUCCAGCCCUCCAUCGUACGAGGACAGCUUUCAGGAGCCAUUGGAGCAGGGCACUGCUUCCAACAACCCCAACUUACCUCCGAUGGACUCGUUUCCGGGUGAGAGUCCGUUCAACCUACUUUCGAGCAUGAAAGAUACCUUGGACGAUGCUUGGAAAGAAUACACUUCCUUCAAGAAAAGAUGGGAGCAGGGCAAGGAGCACGAUAUUUUCUCCAUUAAGUCUGCCAUCAAGAAUAUGUGGAAGGAGCCCAACUCAAAAAUGUUGGAGAGCAUGAGACAGGAAUUGAAGAAUGAGACGAAAUUACUAGACUUUUCCACUGAUCCGGCAGACCCUGAUUGCUUGCCACCCAUCUGGAUUCUCUGCACCAACAUCUAUAGCCCACUUGCAUCACCCAAAUUCGUCGAGAACGGAAUUAAGGUGGCCAAGCACUGGAAAUGUGGGUUUAUCGGAAUUGACAACUCCACGGAAAACGUCGAUGAAGUGCUAGCGUUGAUGAUUAAGGAGAUAGUGGAGAGGAAGAAGUUACAGAAAGGUAAAAAGAGGUUCCAAUAA